AUGGAGAAACAGAACCUCACAGUCAUGAAUGAAUUCAUCCUUGUGGGCAUCACUGACCGCCCUGAGCUGCAGGCACCAUUGUUUGGACUGUUUUUCAUCAUCUAUCUUACCUCCCUGAUGGGAAAUAUGGGCAUGAUCAUACUCACAAUAGUAGACUCCCGACUGCAAACACCCAUGUACUUCUUUCUCAAACACUUGGCUGUCACUGAUCUUGGUUAUUCUACAGCUAUAGGACCUAAAAUGAUAGAAAAUUUUGUUGUGAACCAAAAUACAAUAUCCUAUUAUCUUUGUGCUAUACAGCUAGCUUGCUUUCUUCUGUUCAUUACUUGUGAACUUUUUAUUCUGUCUGCCAUGUCCUAUGACCGCUAUGUGGCCAUCUGUAACCCACUGCUCUACACUGCCAUCAUGUCACAGAAGAAAUGUUGGCUACUAGUGGUAAUUGCAUAUCUGUAUGGUUUGUUUCUGUCUCUUACAAUUACUUUAAAGAUGUUCAAGCUGUCAUUCUGCAGCUACAAUGUAAUCAAUCAUUUUUUCUGUGACUGCAUCACUUUGGUACCUUUGCUCUGUUCAAACACUCAUGAUAUUCAGUUGGUAAUUUUAAUAUUUGCCAUUUUUGACUUGAUUUCAUCUCUUCUGGUUGUUCUUAUGUCCUAUCUCCUCAUCCUCAUAGCCAUUCUGAGGAUGAACUCUACUGCAGGUAGGCACAAGGCAUUUGCAACUUGUGGAUCACACCUGACAGUGGUCAUCGUCUUCUAUGGGACUUUGAUAUCUAUGUAUUUGCAGCCUAAUUAUAGUCACUCUUUUGACACUGACAAGUUGGCAUCCAUCUUUUAUACCAUGAUUAUCCCCAUGUUGAAUCCCUUGAUCUAUAGCUUGAGGAACAAGGAUGUGAAAAGUGCUGGACAGAGGAUAUGGAAGAAGGUGUGUAAGAUUUGA